GCGAAGGCUAGGAGGGAAUGAUUGGUAAAGGAGCGAGCAGUGAGUUGUCGAAUUGCCAAUUAGCAACUUCAGAAAAACAAGUAUUGCUUGGUCCAGAAUAUGAAUAAUCCCACCUACAGAGUUAGAUGAGCCAUUUCAUUCUUCGUUUGACACGAGCUCGAGUCAGCCACCGUACGUAGAUAGCAGGGCAGGACCAUUACUCACUUUCUUGAUGAAAACAUGAGACUUUUCCAAUCUCUCUCCGAGGGUUUUUUCAGCGACGCCAAUGCUGGUCACCACGACCGAGUUCCGCAGCAUGACGAACCACCAUGGAGCGGAGCGCGGUGGGGGCCGAAGAUGGAUGACGUGAAUUGCGACGUGUCAUCAAUUCGUUCCAGAGUUUUCAAUGCAAGCACGGUGCGGAGAAAACCCGUUCUGUCAACUUCGUUCCUCGCGUCGUGGCCGAUUGGAAUCGACCCAGAUAUGAAAAAGCCGUGUCCGAAAGAUUGGCAACUUUCCGCGGCCGGCUGCAUUGCGCCGCCGGAGUACAAAGGGUUUUGCUCGCCUUUGGUGGAUUUCAGUGUGAUGGACCAAGAUUCAAAAGCGCGGUUUGCCGCUAUGUGUGACAUCUACUGGUCCAAGUUGUAGUGUAUAUGCGUUGACAAAUAGAAAUAUUACUGUAUGAUUAUGAUAUUGUUUCAGAUUGUUUUGCAAAGCCGUUGAUUCAUAUGGAGUGUUGCCUGUAGUU